AUGGCUCAGUCAUUCGACGUGCAUACCGAUGUGCCAGGCACAGUAUACCUGGUCGAUAUAUCCCACAGCUUGACCAACGCUGCUCAUGCUGGCCAACGUGAUAUCGUUCUGAUCCCUCAGCCCUCAAGUUCGCCGGCUGACCCUCUGAAUUGGCCCAGAUAUAAGAAGUACUGGACGCUAUUUCUGAUCUCUCUCUUUGCCUGUGUGCAAUCCUUCGGAGAAAAUGACCAGGGCUCGUCAUGGACCACCAUUUCAGAAGAAGCCGACGUUAAUCUGGAUAAUAUGAACGGUGCUUCCGCUGUCAAUUAUCUCCUCCUGGGCUUUUUCAACGUGAUCUGGAUCCCUACCGCAAUGAAAUUCGGCCGCAAGAUCGUCUACAUCCUUAGCUUGACCUUCGUAUGUGGUAGCUCCAUUUGGGGUGGCCUUUUCUACGGCACGGCUGAGAAUUAUAUCUUGUCCAUUAUUGGUGGUAUUGGGACUGCUGCGUAUGAGGCUUUGAUCCAGCUUACUAUUUUUGAUGUCUUCUUCACGCACGAACGCGGUCGGAUGGUCACAAUGUACAUCUUCUGUCAGCAGCUGGGAUCCAUUCUAGGACUUAUUUUGGGCGGAUAUAUCACGGAAGGUGUCGGCUGGAGAUGGUGCCAACCGACUGUUGCGAUUGCAUGCGGUGUCCUGAUCGUGCUUUUCGUUUUCACCUUCGAUGACACCAUGUUCCCACGGUACCGAUUCAAAACUGAAUCCACUUCCAGCCUUAGCCCUGGAGGAACCGACGACCAAGCUGGAGAGACAAAGGAUGGCAUGGAGAAGGCAGCCGUUUCAUCUAUUGCCAGCGAGGAAGUCGGAGAGAUAGUCAUGCCUCGGAGGACGUACCUGCAAAUGCUGUGUCCAAUCCAUUAUUUUGCGGACGACAAGACUACAUGGUUCCAAUACUUCCGACGCCCAUUUUUUCUCUUUGCCUUCCCAAACAUCGUCCUAUCCGGUAUCCAGUUCGCCUUCGGUUGCACGGCAGGAAUUGUUUCAUUCAAUACCAUCUCCGAGAUCAUGACCUCGCCACCCUAUGACUGGAGCCCUGGUCCGGCAGGUUUGAUCUUCCUGGCGGCGCUCGUUGGAAAUUUCAUCGGCCUAGGAGUUGGAUACGCUUCCGACUGGGUCGUUCUCGUUCUGGCCCGGCGCAACAAAGGUUACAAAGAGCCGGAGAUGCGUCUUUGGGUAUCAUUCUUCCCCAUGCUCUUCGCAGCAGCUGGCUACUUCCUCUACGGCUGGGGAGCAACAGCCGGGGCGCAUUGGAUGACGAUAGCAGUCGGGCUAUGCUGCAUGAUAGCCGAACAAGUAUCAGCGACCAGUAUCGCAACGGCGUAUGCCAUGGAAUGCUUCGACGGGAUAUCCGGAGAGCUCGUCACCGUCCUCGCCAUCUGCUCAUCCCUGAUCAACUUCGCAAUCUCCUAUUCCGUGCAGCCGUUCAUCGAAGCCACAAAUUACGGAUGGGCCUUCACCUUCUUCGGAAUCCUUGUGCUUCUCUCCACUGCCACGAGCAUCCCGAUGAUAAUCUGGGGUAAGAGCUGGAGGAGAAGAUGCAAGGGCCGUUAUAACCGGUUUAUGGCGGAGAAGGAAGGCCGAUGAUUUAUCUAGUCUAGUAUACUGUGCUAUUUUUAGAGGUAGUUCUACGAAUCUAGAGCAACCUCGACUUGCAAUCUCC